AUGGAUACUAAAAAUUUUUCAGGUCAGGCAAAGGGUAGGUUUGCAAAGGAGACUAAUCCAGGGGCCAGCGAUUCUCCAUUGCCCAGGGAAAAGUCCGAGUCAAAUUGCCGCAAUGACAGAGGUGCACCUCCACCGUCCGAGGAGAAAAAUCAGAACGGCCACCCUAAUGACUCCACUAAGGAUGGCAAGAAGUCUUCAAACCAGGGAACUAGCAUAUUGGCAGGGAAUGUUAAUACGUCAGUCCGUGUUCCUCCACCACCCGCGAAGAAACCUAACAUACCUGGGCACAAGUUGGCAGAGAAGUCUAAUACAAUAGCUAGUGCACCUCCAAUGUCCGAGAAGAAAAAUCAAAAAGGACAACCUAAAGACGCCAUUGAAGAUGAAAAGAAGUCUUCAAACCAGGGAAGAAGCCUAUCGGCAGGGAAUGCUAAUCUGUCAGUCCGUGUUCCUCCGCCACCCGCGAAGAAACCCAACUUACCUGGGCACAAGUUGGCAGAGAAGACUAAUACAAUGGCUAGUGCACCUCCAAUGUCCGAGAAGAAAAAUCAGAAUGGCCAACCUAAAGACGCCCCUGAGAAUGGAAAGAAGCCUUCAAAUCAGAGGGAUAGCAAAUCAGCAGGGAAUGCUAAUCUGUCAGCUCGCGUACCUCCACCAACAGCGAAGAAACCCAGUUUAAAUGGGCAGACCCAACGCACCCAGGAAGCAGGAUGUUCCUUCUGCUUGAAAUUUGGAGGAACGUCAAUGCAGACGACGGAGCAUAAUGUAGCAGCCAGUGUCCCCUCAACGCCCAGGGAGACCCAGCAGCACGAACACAAUAAAGUCGCCUCUAAGGAUGCCAAAACAUUAUCAAGCCCGGGGCCUUGCAAAUCGGCAGAGGAGACUAUUCAAUCAGCCAGCGUACCUACAACGCUAAGGAAGUUGAUAGCUCACCACGACCAAACCACAGUCGCCUCCAAAGCAAUAUCAAGAGAGGGGAUUGGCAGAUCAGCCGAGAAGACUCAUCCAACAGCUGGUGCACCUCCACCGUCCGAGGAUAAAAAUCAGAACGGCCACCCUAAUGACUCCACUAAGGAUGGCAAGAAGUCUUCAAACCAGGGAACUAGCAUAUUGGCAGGGAAAACUAAUUUGUCAGCCCGUGUUCCUCCGCCACCCGCGAUCAAACCUAACUUACCUGGUCACAAGUUGGCAGAGAAGACUAAUACAAUAGCUAGUGAACCUCAAAUGUCCAAGAAGAAAAAUCAGAAUGGCCAACCUAAAGACGCCCCUGAUAAUGAAAAGAAGUCCUCAAACCAGAGGGAUAGCAAAUCGGCAGGGAAUACUAAUAUAUCAGCCCGUGUACCUCCACCAACCGCGAAGAAACCCAAUUUAAAUGGACAGACCCAAAGCGCCCUGGAAGCAGGAUGUUCCUUCUGCUCUAGAUUUGCAGGAACGCCAAUGCCGACGACGGAAGUAGCUUUGCAGCAGGAGAUGAAGGCCAUUUGUCCUAUCUGCUACCGACGGAUUAAUUUUCGGAACAAGUGUGAACGGACUUCAUUUGAAUGGAAUAUACGGGAGAGGAACUUGCAAUAA